CUGGGUCGGACUUUUUCCUUUUUUUGACGAGGGGGAGCGGUUUGUUCUGAACACUAAAAUCUCUAGAUCACCUAAUUUUCAGAGGAAGUGGGUCAAUACUGCCGGGGAUGCAUUGACGGUCGUUGUUACACUUUUUGCGAGGAUUUAGCUAAUUUAAAAGCACCACAGACAGCCGCCGACAGCGACUAAACCGGUCAGAGCGCAAACGUUAACGUUGUCGAGAGACAGGUCCAACCGCCGUUGUGUUCUUUUGGUUUCUACGUUGAUAACAGCAACAACAAGGAGGAAAAUGUCGGGAGAGCCUAUUCUCAUCACACUGGAAACGGCCACCGGGGCCCCCAGUGCACUCCCGGUGGUUCUGAAGAAAAUAAUGGAAAUGCCUCCGCCGAAUAUACUGGACGGCGACGACGACACUGACAAAGAAAAGCUGUCCCUGGGAGAUAAUGUCGACUUGGGUGGAGGAGGUAGCGAUAUGGGGCCAUCAGCCGCCCUGACCCCCGCUAUCUGGGAGAAGACCAUUCCCUACGAUGGCGAGAACUUCCACCUGGAGUACAUGGAACUUGAGGAGUUUCUUAUGGAGAACGGCAUCCCAGCCGAUGAAGACUCCCAGAGGAGCAGCAUAGACGGCGAUGCCAUAAUGAAUCUGAAGGCUGCCCCCUCUUCCCAGAUGAAAAGUACCAAGCCAGCAAGUUUGGCCUCAGUGGCCUUGUUGCCCAUUCAGGAGUUGGAUAAGUGUGAUGAGGAAGUGGUGAUAAUCACCAACAGCGAGUCUGAGAUUACCUGUGAUGUUACCGCAGAAGUGACCACUAAUGAGGACAGAGAGACGCCUGAGGUCAUCGACCCUGAAGAUAUUGAGGUUGAUAUCAACUAUGAGCCAGAUCCCACUGACCUGGUCCUGUCAAGUGUGCCGGGGGGCGAACUGUUUAACCCACGCAAACAUAAGUUCAGCGAAGACGAGCUCAAGCCACAACCCAUGAUCAAAAAGGCCAAGAAGGUGUUUGUGCCUGAAGAACAGAAGGAUGAAAAGUACUGGCAGAGGAGGAAGAAGAACAACCUCGCCGCCAAACGCUCGCGUGACGCCCGCAGGUUAAAGGAGAACCAGAUCACCGUCCGAGCGGCUUUCCUGGAGCGCGAGAACGCAGCGCUGCGGACGGAGGUGGCCGACCUACGGAAGGAGUGCAGCCGCUACAAGAACAUCGCCGGAAGCUACGAAGCCAAAUUCGGACCACUUGCGGUGCCAGAAGACCAAUAGACCACAGUUGAUUUAUUCAUUUAUUUCCCUAAUGAAUCAAUAAAUCAAACCCAUUUGAGGAUUUGACAUGUGAAAACAUUAGAAUCGAUCAGAUGAAGAAGAGGAGGAAGAGGAUGAGUGAGAGCAUGAGAUGCAAUACCACGUUAGGAUCCGAUAUCUGUUUUUUUUUUUUUUUUUUUAUUAUUAAGAAUUCUAUUUACCAUCCAUGUGUGUGAGCUGAGUGUGUGAGGAUAUUCAAGUGCUUCUUAAGGACACCUGUUUCACGAGGUUUCCUUUUAUCAUGUUUUGUAUGCCUUUGGCCGAAAGAGAUCAUUUUUGAUGUUUAUUAUGGAGAAACUGUUGGUUUUGUUUAAUUUUAUUUUAUUUUUUAAAUAAGAUAGUUGAUACUUUGGUAGCGGUUGUAAAAGUUUAGUGUUAGUCAUCACUAGGGUGUUGUAGAGAUAAACUUAUUUGCAGGUUUUUUCCAGUUCUUUCCACGUUUUAAUGAAUACUGAUGAUAUCCACUUUUGUUUUUAUUUUUCAAAGUUUAUAUUCUAAUGAGGCAGAUUACGUGAAGAGCUGGGCUUUUCUUUUGCCCACAAACACUUUGUGACUGUGACAUUUCCAAUAACUUAAGCUUCUUCAGGGGAUUACAGUGACAUGGCAAACAAAAAAAAAACAAAAAAAAAAAAGCAUUUGAGCAGCCAGGUUCACUUCUCUUUGUGUAAAACUUCUUCUUACCAGCGGCACAGAGCCGUACAUAAACACUCUGUUCUACCUGCCUCAGCGUGCGUCUCCGUCGCUCCGCCUCGCUCUCCAUUUACGUCUGUAACGCUUUCGAUGACUCAUGUACCACUGAUGCAUGUUCUGUAAAUAGUUGUAGCCUAAAAUGAUACUUUCUGGGCUUUUUUUUUUUCUCCUAUUUUAUAAUGUUUUCAGUAUCAUGACAUAGAAGCUCAGAUACAACGCUAGUGCAGGUUUUUGAAUCGCCUUCGUUUAGUUUUGAACGCAAUGACAUUGUAAUUAAUAUAAGCGCUAACCAUCUUAUGCUAAUGCUAAUUGAACUAUUUUAAUGAGUGCCUUAUUAAAGGCAGCUGUUGGUGAAAGGUUCAACUUAUUAAGCUUGUUAUGUUGUCUAUUACAGGUGAAGAUCUCACUAUUGUUACAGUGCUACAGACAAAACAACAAAACUAAACUGGGCUUUCAAAAACCCCCUAGCAGUGUACGUGCAUUUAGAUUGUAUCAACUGUUAUUAGGUUUUUAGGAUGUUUGCACACAUCUUCAUCAGACUUCACCCAACUUUUCUAACUCAUUUCUGUCUAAGGAUUCUCUCUUGAGACAUUUAAACUGGUAAUGUUUAUUGCCAGUUUAGUUUUUAUUUUUAUUUUAUUUUUUUAAAUUUCUUGACAAACCAGGAAGUCUCAGUAUGUGCAGACUGUAUUGGGGUAUCUUGAAAAUUAGGAACCCCUUAAUCUCUUUUAAGUGUCUUCUACGUCUAAAGCCAUUUCAAUGCAGUGUGCAGUCUGCCAGAUUAGAGAUGGGGGCAUAUUAUUUCAAGGCAUACUAUGCAGGAUUGUAUAUGUAUAGACUCAUACAAAAAUAAUCCCUCUCAAUCAUCAUUACAUCUGAAACUAAAGUUGUGACUCACUCUGGGUUUUUUUCACUGUACACUUCAGAUAAAAAAGGGAUUUUUAUUUUUUUUUUAUUUUUUGUGCUGCUGUGCUUCCAUCCAGAUAAAUUUAUUUUGCCAUUUAGGAAAGGGGGGGGCGAUUUCUAUUGUUAGGAAAGGGGUUCUCUUAUGUUCCUCUAAUAAAAUUUAAACAAACGUAGGCUCUUUUUUUCUUCUUUUUUAAGAUGACAACCUGCAGUAAAUACAUCUUUCUGUUGUCAUGCAGAACAACAUUUGUUACGGAGUAAAACUAAACGUCAGGAUUAUUAGGUGUGUCCGCAGUGAUUCUGUGGAAAUAUUCCAACACGCCUCUCCAGCUCUACAGAGUCAGCAAUACUCCCAGCUUCAUUCCUUUCAGUCUAAACGAGUCACAUUAUCCAUAAACGAGGUCUCCAAAGUGUAAGUUUAAGCAUCAUGCUGAUAUGGAUGAUUAUGAGCUUCCUGACUUGUUUAACUGUUUUUUUUUAAUGCUUUCUGCUACAAUCCAGAUUGCAUCUACUUUCUCUCUGGAACAGGUCAAUUUGAUAACUUUGAGGGGUUGAUUUUAAACUUCCUGGUUCAGUCUUUGUAUUUAUUUGUAAAGAAAUGUCUUUGCAUUUUGAGUGUGGUUACUCUCUGUGUCUUGUAUAUACAGUAUGUAAAAAUAAAAAGCCUUGUUGAGAAAGUC